GGAGCCGCAUUCUCGGGAGCGUCCAGGAGGUGUCCGGGCGUCUCUGGACAGCGUCUCUCGCCCACGCAGGGUCGUGUCGAGCCGUGUCGUUGGGCCGCACCCCGGGCGGGGACGUCCGCCGGGCACGGGAGGGCGUCACGAUGCCGGUCAAUAAGUCCGAGAAGCCAGAAAGCUGCGACAACGUGAAGGUGGUCGUUCGGUGUCGGCCCCUCAACGAGAGGGAGAAGUCCAUGUGCUACCGGCAGGCCGUCAGCGUGGACGAGAUGCGGGGGACCAUCACCGUGCACAAGACCGACUCUUCCAACGAGCCUCCCAAGACCUUUACUUUUGAUACCGUCUUUGGACCAGAAAGCAAACAGCUUGAUGUGUAUAACUUAACUGCAAGACCUAUUAUCGAUUCUGUCCUUGAAGGCUACAAUGGUACGAUUUUUGCAUACGGUCAAACUGGAACAGGUAAAACUUUCACCAUGGAAGGUGUUCGCGCUGUUCCUGAGCUUAGAGGAAUCAUUCCCAAUUCAUUUGCACACAUAUUCGGUCAUAUUGCAAAGGCAGAGGGUGACACAAGAUUUUUGGUUAGAGUUUCAUAUUUAGAAAUAUAUAAUGAAGAAGUUCGUGACCUUUUGGGCAAAGAUCAGACACAGAGGUUAGAGGUUAAAGAAAGACCUGAUGUGGGAGUUUACAUCAAGGAUUUGUCAGCUUAUGUUGUGAACAAUGCUGAUGAUAUGGAUAGGAUUAUGACUCUAGGCCACAAAAAUCGUUCUGUUGGAGCAACUAAUAUGAAUGAACAUAGUUCCCGUUCCCAUGCCAUCUUUACGAUUACUAUAGAAUGCAGUGAGAAAGGUGUUGAUGGUAACAUGCAUGUCAGGAUGGGGAAGCUCCAUCUGGUAGAUCUUGCUGGUUCAGAAAGACAAGCAAAAACUGGAGCUACUGGGCAGCGCCUCAAGGAAGCUACAAAAAUCAAUCUUUCUCUUUCUACUCUUGGAAAUGUAAUUUCUGCUUUGGUCGAUGGAAAAAGCACACAUGUGCCUUAUCGCAAUUCUAAAUUGACUCGGCUUCUUCAAGACUCUUUAGGAGGAAAUUCAAAAACCAUGAUGUGUGCAAAUAUUGGGCCAGCAGAUUAUAAUUAUGAUGAAACUAUUAGUACCUUACGUUAUGCCAACCGUGCUAAAAAUAUCAAAAAUAAAGCUAGAAUUAAUGAAGAUCCAAAGGAUGCUUUGCUUCGUCAGUUUCAGAAAGAAAUAGAAGAAUUAAAGAAAAAGCUUGAAGAAGGGGAAGAAAUAUCGGGCUCGGAUGUCAGUGGGUCAGGAGAGGAUGAUGAUGAAGAAGGUGAGAUUGGAGAAGAUGGAGAGAAAAGGAAAAAAAGAAGGGGCAGUAGCAGCAGCAGUAGUUCAGACUCCACAUGUUCUGUCAUAGAGAAACCUCUGGAUAAGUUCUUGCCCAAUCAAGCAGGUAAAAAGAAAGUUUCCCCAGAUAAGAUGGUUGAAAUGCAAGCAAAAAUCGAUGAGGAGAGAAAAGCACUUGAAACAAAGCUUGAUAUGGAAGAAGAAGAAAGAAACAAAGCUAGAGCUGAAUUAGAGAAACGGGAGAAAGAUCUUCUUAAAGCCCAACAAGAGCAUCAAUCUUUGCUGGAAAAAUUGUCUGCACUGGAAAAAAAGGUCAUUGUUGGUGGUGUUGAUUUGUUGGCUAAAGCUGAGGAGCAAGAAAAACUUCUUGAAGAAUCUAACAUGGAAUUGGAAGAAAGAAGGAAAAGAGCAGAGCAGCUUCGCAAAGAACUUGAGGAAAAAGAACAAGAACGCUUGGAUAUUGAAGAAAAAUAUACCAGUUUGCAAGAAGAAGCACAGGGAAAGACCAAGAAGUUAAAGAAAGUGUGGACAAUGCUAAUGGCUGCAAAGUCAGAGAUGGCGGAUCUCCAGCAAGAACAUCAGAGGGAAAUUGAAGGCCUAUUGGAGAAUAUUCGACAACUUAGCCGAGAGCUUCGACUUCAGAUGCUUAUUAUUGAUAAUUUUAUACCUCAGGAUUAUCAGGAAAUGAUUGAAAAUUAUGUCCAUUGGAAUGAAGACAUCGGAGAAUGGCAGCUGAAAUGUGUCGCCUACACAGGAAAUAACAUGAGGAAGCAAACUCCAGUACCUGACAAAAAGGAGAAAGAUCCCUUUGAAGUGGACCUUUCCCAUGUGUACCUUGCCUAUACUGAGGAGAGCCUGCGUCAGUCCUUGAUGAAAUUAGAAAGGCCACGGACGUCAAAGGGCAAAGCAAGGCCGAAGACGGGGAGGAGAAAGCGUUCUUCAAAGCCUGAAACUGUGAUUGAUUCUUUGCUACAGUAAAUAUUAUAGAGUUAAAAUCACAAUAAAAACUAAUGAUAUUCUCAUGGCUGGACAAAAUCUUUAAUUAAAACAUUGAAGACAUCUGUGUAAUUCCAAACAGCGAAAGCUGUUUAUCAUGAUGUAAGACUGGAAAUCAUAAUUCAGUGAAUGAUGUUUGUGUAUAUAUUAAGUUAAUGUAACAUACUGAAACCGUACACCUUGUGAUUGUUGGCGUUGCCACACCCCUCUUGGUUGUAUUGUGUGGGGAGCCUGGGGGCACUUUGUGUUGUGGAGACUGGCAGUUUAGAGGUGUAUAUAAAUCUGCUGGUAAUUUGCUCAACUACUGUAUAUGUAGAUAACCAGAAUUUCAGAGCAGUUAGGAAGUAUGCCCUAAUUUGCACAUGGAAAGUAGCAGACUGAAUUGCCCUGUGUCAUGAUACUACAUGUGAAUGCCGGGCUGCACAGCUGAGAAAUGACUGUCCUCAGACUAACCUGCCCAGCUGCUUCAGGAAGUCCUGAUUGUAUCUUAAGUAUAAUUGGUCUUAGUGAGUUGUGGAGAAUUUUAUGUUUCAACAGUCAAUAUUUGCAAGUGUACAUUUUUUGAAAAGGUGAAAAUGUGUUUCAUCUAGACUUUUUUUUUUUGCCACUUUGAAUUUAACUAUACUUCCUUGGUUUCUCUGAUUUUAUGUUUUCUUGAAACAGUGAAUUGUACCUAAGAGAGGUGUAGAACACAAGAAGCGUUAGUCCUCGCCACUUGUGUUUUUAAAGCUUCACUUUGAAGUGUGGCCUGUGGGUGUUGGCUUUGUCUAGUUCCAAAUUUUGGUGGAAAUGAGUCUGUGUCUUCCAACUGAAAAGGGUCCCCAUUUUCCAGAAAAUGUGCCCAAGCAAAAUUAGUAUCUUUUAAUCUUUGAAACACUGUUUUAUUUUUCUUUAUACUUUAUAAAAAUUACAUUUUCUUUUAAUUUCUUCUGUUGGUUAAUGCAGUGAAACAAUAUUCCUCUAAAAAUAAAAAUCAUGUGUUAUAGUAAAAUAAGUUGUAAUAGAUAGAAUUACUUGUUCUUUUGUUGACUGCUUACAGCGUUUUUAGGUUUUUUUAAACUUAUGGUACUCCUGAACUACUUUGUGGGUUUUAAAAUUACAUGAGCAAACGUGGGCAUUGUGGUGCUGUGGGUUAAACCACUAAUGUAGAUGCCUUCACCGUGUCGGAGUGCUGCUAUGAAUCCUGGCUGCCACCUACAUGGGAGACCUGGGUGAAGCUCCUGGCUCUAGGC